AUGCGGAAGUUCCGAACCGGAGCCGUGCCACCACGGAUAGCCCAGCCGAUAGUCUUUCGGACCGGAGUUCUGGCGAAUUUGCACUCAGCCUGUGCGCUGGUGUCGCUGAAGGUUGACGACGACAAGCCGCGGGAUUUGUCGAUGUGGCAAGAAGCUCGCCGAAGGGCUGGCCUGAGGUUGUCGGGGCCCGCACGAGUGGCGGCGGUGCCUUCUUCAGCAUCUGCCCAAGCCUUCGAUCGCACACUACGGUGCGCCUACCUCUUGCCCAACCGCACCUGCCUGGACUCCUGCGAUGACGGGUACUACAAGGACGACAGUGGUGCCACCGAGGACACCGGGGGUGUCUGCACCGAGUGCUAUGAGACCUGCAGCAAGUGCUCGGGUCGGGAGACCUGCAGCGAAUGCCAGCAGCACACCUACCUCUCCCGAGUGGACUACAUGUGUCGGUCCACAUGUGAGGAUGGCUUCUACCAGAAGGGCGUCGCGGAGGUUGGGAACACGUGCGAGGCUUGCCCUGGCAGCUGCAGCCUCUGCAGCAGUGCGGAGAAAUGCUCAGCCUGCACCGAGGGGUUCUUCCUGACGCCCAACGAGACCUGCGAUGAGAGUUGCCCAGACGGAUACUAUGGCAACUCCUCCCUGGGCUCGUGCGAGUCCUGCCCCGCCUUCUGCGACAGGUGCUCAGACGCGAACACCUGCAUGGACUGCAUGAAGUCGCGGACCCUCACCGCCGCCGCCACUUGCGACUUCGUGUGCCCCGAGGGCUUCUACAAGAAUGGCACGGGAACCAUCGGGGACUCCUGCCAGCGCUGCCCGUCCGGCUGCGGGCGCUGCAUCGCGGGGAUGUUCUCCCCGGUGGUGUGCCUGGAGUGCGUGGACUACAACUUCCUCACGCACCGGGGCGAGUGCGUGAAGAUCUGCCCGGAGGGCUACUACCCAGAAGCCGGCGAUGGGCCGAUCGGCGGGAUGUGCAAGACCUGCGACCCCACCUGCGUGGCGUGCCGCAGCCAGCUGGAGUGCACGAAGUGCAAGGUGCUGCACUUCUUGACGCCGGAGGCGAAGUGCGAGCUCGACUGCCCCAGGGGCUGGACGGAGAAGGGGGGUAUGGACCUGCAGAACCCGGGGGUGUGCGUGCCCUGCGCGGACAACUGCGCGGCCUGCCACAGCCUGGAGGUGUGCCAGGUGUGCACGAACUUCAACUACUUGCACCAGGGAAGUUGUGCAAGGUCCUGCCCGGUGCGGUUCUUCGAGUUGAACACGGCCAAGUGGGAGAAGGAGGGCCGGCUCUGCAGCGUCUGCAGGGAGAACGACUAUGAAUGCUCCGCCCCGAACGCGCUGGUGGGCCAGCAGAGGGAAGAGAUGACGAUCCAAGCCCAGAGCUGUCAGAAUGACUACUACCUGGAUGACAAAGAGUGCGUGCAGAAAGAGAAGUGCCCUGUAGGCACCUGGCCCAGGCGGGGCUCAGAGGGCGCCCAGGACCCCGGAAACUUCAUCGGGGGCGUGUGCGAGGAGUGCCCCUACAACUGCGAGGCCUGCUCUUCUCCCGUCAGGUGCACGUCGUGCAGAAGGAACACCUACCUCAGCCCAGAGAUGUUCUGCGAGGAGCGGUGCCCCGUGGGUUUCUUCGAGCAGGGCACCGCGGAAACCAAGCGCAGCUGCCAGCCCUGCUCCACCAACUGCAGCGCCUGCGAGUCCUCUGCCUUCUGCACACAGUGCACCAACGGCGCGUAUCUGACGGAGGACUUCACCUGUGAGCCCUCCUGCCCCGAGGGCUUCUACCCCAGGCACCCCCCAGACGGAUCUUCAGACGGCCGUACCUGUGAGAAGUGCCUGGGGGAUUGCCUCACCUGCGAGACCCGGUACUCGUGCACGAAGUGUAAGAACUCGGCCUACCUUACUCACAAGAAGGAGUGCCUGCCGGAAUGCCCGGCCACGCACUACCCGGACGGGUCGGAUGAGGAUGAAGGCCGGUUCUGCAUCGAGUGCCUGGGGACCUGUUCGGAGUGCAGCGGGCCCUACAACUGCACCCAGUGCAAGACGCCGACCUUCCUGACCUCCCACGCCUCCUGCGAGUCCUCCUGCCCUGAAGGAUAUUACAUGGAGGUGGGCCGUGACGUGCAUAACUACUGGGGCCUCAAGGUGGGAGGCCUCUGCAAGAGUUGCCCUGAGAACUGCAAUCGAUGCCUGGGCAGUGGCUGCAUGGAGUGCAACAAGUUCACGUACCUGGACUCCAACGGCGAGUGCGUGGAGCGCUGCCCCGACGGCUACUUCGGCCGCGGCACCGCGGAGCUGGGACGAGUGUGCGCGCCCUGCUCGGCUUCUCAUGGCCUGUGCUUGAACACAAGCUACGUGCUGGAGUGUGGGGAGAACACCUACCUGGACCCCUGGAACAUCACCUGUGUGCAGACUUGCCCCGAUGGCUACUUUGGGUUGGACGGCGAAAGCAAGGAGGGCGGCCCCAAGAUCGGCGGCACCUGCGAGAAGUGCCUAGGCACCUGCAAGAAAUGCAGCUCCUCCGUGGUCUGCGAAGUCUGCUGGGACGGCACAUUCCUGAACCCCCGCACUGGCAGGUGCGCGAUGGAGUGCCCCUCCGACCACUACAUGGUGGGCUUCGGUGUGGAGGGUCGCAUCUGCAAGCCUUGUCCUCUGGAAGCUGCGGGUUGCGUCAAUGAGACCUGGUUCUUCGAGUGCCGGGGCGACAACCAAUAUCUGGCCGUUGGAGGAGGCACUUGCACCACCAAGUGCCCCGAUGGUUACUUCGGACGUCCUGGCGUGCAACUUGAAGAAGAUGGCCCGCUGAUCGGCGGCACCUGCGAAAAAUGCGUGGGCAACUGUCAGCGCUGCAAGUCUGCGAAGGAGUGCCUGCAGUGCAAAGGUGGCACCUACUUUGACCCCAUCAGCUUCAAGUGCUCCUUCGAGUGCCCGUCAGACCACUUCAUGGUGGGCAUCGGGGAUAUGGGCCGCGAGUGCAAGCCCUGCCCACAACUCUUCGGCGCCUGCGUGAACGAGACUUUCGCAACCCAGUGUCGUGGGGAUCAGCAGUAUUUGGUGCCGGCGGGGGGCGCUUGCUCAUCCAGCUGCCCCGCGGGCUUCUUCGGGCGGCCAGGCGUGGUGAUGUCGGAGGAGGAGCCUUUGAUCGGCGGCACCUGCGAGCAGUGCAUCGCGCCCUGCGAGACCUGCUUCUCCGCCACCGAGUGCAAGACCUGCAAGGGCGGCACCUACUUGAACCCCUACGACCACGGCUGCCGCUUCGAUUGCCCUCCGGACACCUUCAUGAGCGGCACAGGAGUCUUUCGGAGCCUUGAGCUCGAGCCCGGAUGA